AAGGGUACUCUUUCUGUGCUUUUGAUUUCGUUUUCAUGGUUUUCCUAUAAUCACUUGCUGGUUUUUCUUCUUCUUUGUCCUCUGUCUCUCUGAGAGAGAGAGAUGGCGAGCUUGUUGAGUGUUUUGACAGUGAAGAACUUGCUGGUUUUGUCACUUGCUCUGAAUGUGAGUUUAAUCUUUAAAGUCCUGGUUUUGCAUGAUUCUCAAAGUUAUAGUUUUUUCAUCGAGCAUGAUGGAACAAAGGAAGAGGCUCUGUUAUCCACUGUUCCAUCAUCAUCAUCAUCAUCAUCUUCAUCCUCUUACUCUCUUUUGAUGGACCAAGAUAGGGUUAUCAACCUUGAUCAUGGCGAUCCGACAAUGUACGAAAGCUAUUGGCAAAAGAUGGGGGAGGAGACCACCGUGGUUAUUCCCGGAUGGCAAUUCAUGAGCUACUUUUCGGAUGCCACCAAACUUUGCUGGUUCUUAGAGCCUGAAUUUGCCAACCAAAUUGUCCGAUUACAUAACGUCGUCGGCAAUGCGGUGACAGAGAAUCGACACAUCAUUGUCGGGACAGGAUCGACACAACUCUAUCAAGCUGCGCUCUACGCACUGUCCCCCGACACAGAUGCCGAGCCCAUCAGUGUGGUUUCAGCAGCCCCUUAUUACUCUUCGUAUCCCUUGAUUACCGAUUGCGUGAAGUCCGGGCUUUAUAAGUGGGGAGGCGAUGCCCGGAGCUUUAGUAAAACCGGGCCUUACAUCGAACUCGUUACCUCCCCGAACAAUCCCGAUGGAUUCGCGAGGCGCUCGGUUGUUAACGGUAGCGAGGGAAUAAUAAUUCAUGAUCUCGCCUAUUAUUGGCCACAAUACACGCCCAUAUCUGCCGCUGCGAACUAUGAUUUGAUGCUAUUCACCGUCUCGAAGAGCACCGGUCAUGCCGGGAUGCGCAUCGGGUGGGCUCUUGUUAAAGAUGAAGAUGUUGCAAGAAAAAUGACAAAGUACAUAGAGAUCAACACGAUUGGUGUGUCGAAGGAUUCACAGCUUAGAGCGGCCAAGGUUUUGAAAGUUAUAUCCGACAACAGUGAAAGAAUGAAUGCAGCCAAUUCGUUCUUCGAGUUCAGCUACCAUGUUAUGGCCAAGAGGUGGAAGCAAUUGAGAGAGGCAGUGCAUGAGAGUGGCCUAUUUAGUGUGCCUGAUUUCCCCCCACGGCUCUGCAACUUUCUCAAUGUGGUCUUCGAGCCACAACCCGCUUUUGCAUGGGUGAAGUGCGAAGGAGAGAUCGAAGACUGCGAAAGCUUCUUUCGAGGGAAGAAGAUUUUGACUCGGAGCGGCACACACUUUGGGGUUAGCCCCAAAUAUGUCCGGAUAAGCAUGUUGGAUCGAGACCGAAAUUACGAUACUUUUGUAGAAAGAUUGUCUAGGAUCCGAUCAUGACAUCGAACACACAUCUGUUAGGCACAACAGAUAGGAACGGGGACAGGCAGAAUUCUUUUGUAAAUUGGGCAGCAAAUGAAGUAAUAGAUCAUUUUUCUCCAUAAACAUAUGGUACUAAGCUUGU